AUGGUCUCAGAACUCUGCCCCGUCUAUGCGCCCUUCUUCGGUGCGCUUGGCUGCACGUCUGCCAUCGUCUUCACCUGCUUCGGCGCUGCCUAUGGCACUGCCAAGGCUGGUGUCGGUGUUUGCAGCAUGGGUGUCCUCCGCCCUGACCUGAUCGUCAAGAACAUCGUCCCCAUCGUCAUGGCUGGUAUUAUUGGUAUUUACGGCUUGGUCGUGUCCGUCCUGGUCGCAAACGACCUGACCCAGGAGCUCCCCUUGUACACUGGUUUCAUCCAACUUGGUGCCGGUCUGGCCGUCGGUCUUGCUGGUCUCGCCGCUGGUUUCGCUAUUGGUAUUGUCGGUGAUGCUGGUGUCCGCGGAACAGCUCAGCAACCUCGUCUCUACGUCGGAAUGAUUCUUAUUCUCAUUUUCGCUGAAGUUUUGGGUCUGUACGGUCUUAUCGUGGCUCUGCUCAUGAACUCGCGUUCUAAAGCUUCUUGCUAA